AUGUCGAAGUAUUGUUCUCCGGACCCAACAGCCUUUUCGUUCGCUCCGACCCUAAACGAUAGUAAUGACACCCCAGGCGAUUGGUAUUGCUGGCUUCUCGACGAAGCAUGUAACGCUUCCUUCGACAGUGAUUCCGAUAUUGGGGGUCCUGGCAUUUUCGGAUCUUAUAUCGCUUUUGCCGUCAUCACCCUACUCUUAGCAAUUGUGAAGUUUUUGACUUUACCAGAAAGCAUUGACAGAACGUUUCUCAUCUGGAUCCAAGGUGAAGACAUCAAACCGCUUCGUGGCAGAGUCACGCCGCCAUCACGUAUUCACGACUCUGUACAAGGGAUACUCGAUUCGCUGUGUGAUCUACAGAUCCUGACUGGCAUCGGAAUCACGAUAGCAGCACUAUCUCAGCAAGCGACUAUCACCUUCUACCACCAGAGGUUAGCUUACCAAUAUUGGUUCCUCACACACGCCUCGUUAUUAGCCACGAACCCAAAUGUCCGCUUCGCCACCAGGAUCGAAAAUCAGUGA